AUAUAUAUUUACAUCUAAAAAAUAAAUAAAAAUGUUUUCUGGAAAUUAAGAGGCAACUUACAGUAGGCUACAACUUGCAUGUUAUGUGAAACUUCGUUUCGAUCAUGUAUAUUGUACUUAUGACAUUGCAUAUAUGAACGUUUAAUGUCAGUACCAAAAACAGAGACUACAGGAAAAAAAUGUUGGAUAUUUUACGAAAGAAAAUUAGCAGGCAUGCUUUGGUCGUCCAUGAGUUGGGUCCUUGUAAUUCUGUGCACUUCCUUGUUGGUGUAAAAAUGGCAUCCAAGGUGCAAUGAGAGCGGGGACGGCAAUUCUCCAGGAUUGAUAUGAAAUCAGGGACGAGGAAGCUGUAAGAUUUGUGGUGCAUAUUGUUCUGUGCUGACAGUCGAUAUGCAAUACAUUGACUUGGUCAGCUUUGUCACAGCAGGGAAAGUGGGGAAAUACGCUUGAUUAGCAAUCCACUGAAUCCCAAAGGCGUGUAGGAAUUGCUGUUAGCAAGCUAAGCGAGACAGUGACUGCUUAGCUAAUGAAUUCAGCGGUUGCAAUUCAUUUGUAUCGAUCAGCCUGAUAUAUUGUCAAACAUGGCCAUUACCCAAUUCCGCCUUUUCAAGAUAUGCACAUGUCUAGCUACAAUACUCUCCUUCUUCAAAAGACUAAUAUGCAGGACUGGGAGGUUGCGCAAGCUAAGCGGUGAUCAGAUAACACUUCCAACCACUGUUGAUUUUUCAUCCGUGCCCAAACAGCCAGAAAUUGAGGAGUGGAGUUCGUGGGAUGAAGAUGCUCCAACCAGCAUUAAAAUCGAGGGUGGAAAUGGGGUAGUGCCUCCACAGCAGGAUGACGCUGAAGAAGAGGAGCCAGACUACUUCAAAGACAUGGCACCAACCAUCAGGAAAACCCAAAAGAUUGUGUUGAAGAAGAGGGAGCCACUGAACUUCUCUGCCCCAGACAACUCCACAGGCUUCUCCAGCAGGCUGGCCGCCACACAGGACGUGUCCUUCAUCACACCAUCGGCGGAGCUGGGAGACAUGGAUGCCUGGCAGGAGGACCCGAGUGCCUGGGAGGACGAGUCCGACGCUGCCUGGGAGGCCGAGGAGGUGCUCAGACAGCAGAAGUUGGCCGAUAGGGAAAAACGUACCAUGGAACAGCAGAGGAAGAAGAUGGAGAAGGAUGCGCAGAGGAUGAUGAAGAAGGAACAGAAGAUUGCCGUCAAGCUUUCCUAACAUUUCCUCUUUUCGUAAUGAGCGCUGGACACUCACGGACAAAAAAAAGAAAUUUCGUCGUCCGUUUGGUUAAUUGCAGUCACUUGACAUACAAAGUAAAAUCCAUCCUUGCUGAGUGUUUGGUUUUUUUUAUUUCCUUUUUUUAAUUUUUUUUUUUUAAUUGUCCAUUGCUAUUUUUUAACCCCCCUGGCCAGAAAUUCGACCCAAUAUCAGUGUGAAACCACUGACUGUCUCCCUGCUCUUGCAGUUUUAUUGUACAACUUACAGUAACACCAGUUUUACUCUCCCCUCAAGUAAAGUAAAGUGUGUGUGUGUGUGUGUGUGUGCGUGUGUGCGUGUGUGUGCGCAUGUAAGCGUGGAUGUGUGCAUCUAUACCCCUAACUACAAGUGCACCCUGGAGAGAACUUGAUGACGCCCCCUUUCCUUAUUUAUGAAAACUUGAAGAAGUUUGAGUGGGAUAAUAUCAAAUGGACAAACACUAAGUCUUUUUUUUUUUUUUUUUUUUUUUCCCUCUAAUACUUUUACCCCCAGUGCGCACUACUCCCAAGAGUCUUGCUGUGCAUGAGACACUUGGAUAAAUCAGCUCACAGGCUUCGUGGAUUGUAUAGAUUGAAUGGAGAUGUGGAUCAGAAUCUGGCACUUGCCAGUACAUACUGUCACUUAGUUUGUAGUAUUGCUGGAGAAAACAAAAUUCGUCACUGGUUGAAAUCUCCACUGCCCCCAACCCCCUUGCUGUAUGCCAAUGUAAAGGUCAUCUCGUAUUCAACCCUGAUCCAUAUUGAACACUGAAUCUCGGUGGAAGGCCAAUGUGCUCUGCUUUGGAUAUACCGAGAAGAAACGGACACUGUUAGGCUUGUUUCAGCAAUAUGUUUUUGUUUUUAAAAUGCUAUUUAAUGUCUAUGUGUGUUGGCUGUGUUUUGAAUGAGCUGUAGAUGUAGACGUGAGAAUGCAUGAGGCUGAUGGGGGCGCGUGAGGACAGCAGCACUGCUACGUUGUCAUGGCAACAUGGGACAAUUUUUUUUUUUUUUUUUGAAUGGUUUGGCUGAUGAGUCUAUGGCCACUCUCUCAUUGACUUAGACCUAUCUGCUAGGUGACAUAACGGGUAUAGUGCUCCUAGUCAAAAUCCAUCCGCCCAUCUCAAGAUGUCACCCUGCAGUAUGGUAUAAAGAGAACUGAGGGAAAGGCCUUAACCAGUUUCAUUUGUUAGUCAACAAUGACUGGCUGUGGUUUGUUGGUGUAAGUAUGCGAUCAUUCACAAAUUCAGGGCUUUUCUGAUUGAGCUAAAUUUUUGUUACAAAGGGAUGUGUUUGAUCAAGAUGUUGCAGGUGGAUCUCAAGUAGUGUGUUUUGCUUGGUCAGAACAUAGUAUGGUUCAUUUUGCGGGAGAUAAAUUUCCCGUGCAUGCAGUGAUGCUUGAACCUGCCGACUGAAAGAAAGAGCAGUUUCAGAUGAUUGGCAGGUGAUAUGCCUUUUGUAUCUUUAUUUUUUUUCUUUGCAAACUCAUGACCGGCCAAUUUGUGAAACAAAUGUAGCAAGGGGGUGAAAGUUGCAUGAUUUCUCAUGACAAAAGAAAUGUUUGAUUUUUUUUUUUUUACAUUCUUUUUUUAUUUUGCACAUUCCUUCGUUGUCAGUAAUAAAUGUGUGGAGCUCCACUUUGUGUGUAUGUGUGUGUGUGUGUGUGUGUGUUGCACAUUCAAGAGACUGUGCCAUGUAUUAUUAAAACAACCUUGAGUUUUGGA